AUGUAUCAUACACCCGUGUUGAAGAACCGUCGUACGCUUUUGGAAAGAGCAGAAAAGUUCGUUUCUGACAUUUAUUUCACAGACUGCAACCUGCGAGGACGAUUAUAUGGCGAAACUCACCCGCUGGAAUCCGUUAGCUCAUUUAUGUCCUCCAAACGGAUAACAUUCUCAGAAGCUCAAACAAAGAAAUUCAGCCCAUAUAAAAUUGGUGAUAACUUUGGACCAACGUGGUGGACCUGUUGGUUUAAAAUAGCCCUGAAAAUCCCUUCGUCUUGGAAUGGGAAAGAGGUUCAUCUUCUGUGGGAAAGUGAUGGAGAAGCGAUGGUUUGGAGGGAUGAUCAACCGGUUCAGGGUCUGAGCAAAGAAGGUGAAAAGACAAGUUACAUCCUUUCCAACUGUCUCACAGAGGAGGAAGAACACACUGUGAACGUGUAUGUGGAGUUGGCUUGUAAUGGGCUUUUUGGAGCCGGUCAAGGGUCAACAAUUGCAGCCCCAGAUCCGAACAAGAAGUUCUCAGUGCAGAAGGCAGAGCUGGUGGUAUUUAACAGACAUGUCAGAGAGCUGCUAACUGAUUUUGAAAUGCUGAUUGGCAUUGUGAAGGAACUGGGUGACAACGAGCAGCGCAGUUUUCAGGCGCUAUUCACCGUCAAUGAAAUGGUUAACGUGAGCAAUCCGGCUGAUCCUAGCUCCUUUUCCAAAGCGCACGCUCUGGCUCACAAUUUCUUCAGCCAGCGCAACGGCCAAAGCCAACACACUGUCCAUGCCAUGGGCCACUGCCACAUAGACUCAGCUUGGCUAUGGCCUUAUGAAGAAACCAUUCGCAAGUGUGCUCGGAGCUGGGUGACCGCGAUCCGUCUCAUGGAAAAAAACCCGGAGUUUGUGUUCACAUGUUCUCAGGCCCAGCAGUUUGAGUGGGUCAAGAACUGGUACCCAGGACUGUUCUCAGAGAUUCAACAUUUCGUCAAGCUGGGACAGUUCAUCCCAGUCGGAGGGACGUGGGUGGAAAUGGAUGGCAAUCUCCCUUCAGGAGAAUCCAUGGUAAGGCAGUUCCUUGAGGGCCAGAAUUUUUUUGAGCAACAUUUUGAGAAGAAGUGCAAAGAGUUCUGGCUUCCAGAUACAUUUGGCUACUCAGCCCAACUCCCUCAGAUAAUGAAAGGCAGUGGAAUUUCCAAUUUUUUAACACAAAAACUCAGUUGGAAUCUUGUGAACACCUUCCCGCAUAGCUCAUUUUUCUGGGAAGGACUUGAUGGCUCCAUAGUCUUGACUCAUUUCCCACCUGGAAAUUCCUACGGCAUGAUUGGCAAGGUUGAAGACCUUGUAAAAACCGUCAAGCAAAACAAGGACAAAGGUCGAGUAAAUCACAGCGCUAUGUUGUUUGGAUUCGGUGACGGUGGUGGCGGUCCCACGCAGUUAAUGCUGGAUAGACUGAGGCGGGUCCAGGACACAGAUGGCCUUCCCAAGGUGAAAAUGACCAGUCCGGAUGAGUUAUUUUCUCAGCUUUGGGCUGAUUCACAUCUUCUGUGCACUUGGACCGGAGAACUUUUCCUAGAGCUCCAUAAUGGCACGUACACCACACAGGCACAGAUCAAGCGAAGCAACCGCCAGUGUGAAACACUCUUACACGACAUUGAGAUUGCCAGCAGUUUGGCACUGCAUCAUGACAAAACCUUUCAGUAUCCUGUAGCAAAGCUGCGGGAACUCUGGAGGCUUUUGCUGUUGAACCAAUUCCACGAUGUAAUCCCAGGGACUUGUAUAGAGAUGGUUGUGGAGGAUGCACUGAGAUAUUAUGAAGAUAUCAAUAGAACUGGUGCUGCACUCCUGCAAAUUAGUCUCAGUGCCUUAUCCAAGGGUGACACCACAGGUGUCUUCAACUCUCUGCCAUGGGAGCGCCUUGAGGUCCUCCACUUACAUGAUGGUCCUGCAGAACAUGGUUUAGUUCUAGUGAGAGUUCCAAGCAUCGGUCUCUCUCCUAUCCAAGACACAAAGCCUCAGGUUCCAGUCUGUCUUACUGUUCAGGCUGAUGGCAGUGUCCUAAUGGAAAAUGGGAUUUUACAGACUGUAGUAAACAAAGACGGCACACUGGCAUCGUUGUGCUUGAUGAACGCUAACAGGGAAGCGAUUUCAGAUGGCUGUGGCGGCAACCAGUUUGUCAUAUUUGAUGACGUACCUCUAUACUGGGAUGCUUGGGAUGUAAUGGACUACCAUCUUCAGACAAGGAAGCCAGUGGUGGAGGUGGUAAAGCCUGUCCAUGUGUUGUCUUCACAUGAGCUCAGAGGCAGUGUCAGCUUUACGCUCAGGAUCAGUGGCAACAGCACAAUUACUCAGGAAAUUGUGAUGGAUGCAAUGUCUCCUUACAUAAAGUUCAACACACAGGUAAAUUGGUUUGAGUCACACAAGUUUCUCAAAGUUGAAUUUCCAGUGCGAGUGCACAGUCCCAAUGCUACGUAUGAGAUCCAAUUCGGACAUCUCCAGAGACCCACGCACAGGAAUACAUCAUGGGACUGGGCCAGAUUUGAAGUUUGGGGUCACAAAUGGGCUGAUUUGUCAGAACAUAAUUUUGGAGUGGCUCUGCUCAAUGACAGCAAAUAUGGCUAUUCAGUCUAUAAGAACACAAUGACACUCUCCCUGUUGAGGGCACCAAAGGCGCCAGAUGCCAACGCUGAUAUGGGGACACACAAUUUUACCUAUGCAAUUAUGCCACACACAGGAUCCUUCCAAGAUGCCACAGUCAUCCAGUGUGCAUACAACCUCAACUUCCCAUUGAGGUUAACGUCAUGCUCCCCGGACAUGGUGCCAUGGAGUGCCUUUUCCAUCAGUCCUGCUAGUGUCAUCCUCGAGACUGUUAAGCAGGCAGAGAACAGGAAAGGAGCCCUUGUUAUCAGACUGUACGAGGCUCAUGGCGGUGGCGUGAGUGUGACCCUCCGCUCCAUGCUUCCAGUCAAGAAUGCCUGGCAUUGUGAUCUUCUAGAGCAAAUUGACACCACUCAGCCAUUACAGGUGACUAAAGAUGGAAUCAAUCUCAACUUUAAUGCCUUUCAAGUUAGAUCACUUUUGCUUGAUUAUGUAUAA